CUGUGAUAAUAUGUCAUACUAGCACCUUUCCUGAAAGUGGAAUGUUUGACCUGAACAUCGUGGAAAAGUCCUUAAAUUGUGAGGAUUCUGUUCAGGAAGAUCCCUAGCAGUUCAAGAGGAUCACUUAAAAGUUAAAGGCAUUUGAUUAUAGCAUCCUGCCAACAUGUUGCGACGUAUACUUUCUCAGGCGGUAAAAUCAUUUGAAGUGCCCGUGAUAAACCGCACUUUCGUUUUCACAUCACACCCCCUCUGCAAAGAUUUGCAUUUUGAAUCUGCACCCAGCAUCAGUUCCACUAUUCAAACGCAAACCGAGUCAUAUUUGAACCAACUGAAGAACACCAAAGAUGCUAAAGAAGUAUUGGAGCUUAUGCCCGCAUUAGACAAACGCAGACUGGAUCGCCGGGUGGUCACACUGACGGCGCUCAAAACUCUGUUCGAACUCCACAAGAUCGGUAACACCAGCAUCCAGCGGAUGGAUGUCCUAAAACAUCCGCGUUUCGCCGAACUUUGCAAAGCGCUAAAAUACGAAGCACGUGGGUUUAUGAUAAAUGAUGUCACGGAAAGCCUGAAGAUUCUCACGUAUUUUGGAGUCCGGUCCAACAGCGAGAUAAUGACCAUAUUCCUACAUCUACUCCGUCAUCAGAUUAACGACGUCACACUCGAUCAUAUCGUGUUCUUGAAUUUCAUUUUGAAGAAGAUGGAUCGCAGCCCUCUAGUUGAAGCAUUACAACUGGCAUUACCAAUGUUGCUGCAAAUUCAAAUCUCAUACAAAAUGGACCACGACAAUGUCCAACAGCUGGUCGAUCUCAUUGAGGUCAUUUCUCAGCAUCGGGUAUCCGAUCGUUGCGUCACGAAUGUAGUCAGUGCGUUGGUUCUGCACGGUACCAACCUGACCGGAUUACAGGCUGCGGAUGUCCUAAAAGCGCUAACUGGCUUCAACACACUUGAGCCCUUGCAUGUGAAAUUGUUGGACAACGUAUACCAAACCUUGAUUGAGAAACUCGAUGAAAUUAAUUUUAAAACAAUCGAUUUCAUCAUGAAAAGAAUUGUUGAGAAAAAUAUCGACAAGUUCCCAAUGUUCUUCAACGACGCAUAUUUCAAGCGAUGCGCCCAAUAUGUGGUAGACCAUGAUAUGGGGUUCAUCAAUGCACUCUAUUUCCAGAAGAAGUUGAACAAGAUCGCAUUCCUACACGUUCCACUGCUGGAUUAUAUGGGAUCCAAAGCUGACAAUCUCUCGAUUGUCCCUAGUGCAGGUAUUAUUACAAUCGUGGCUGCAUUCUCGAAUGCUGACUAUCGACCCAACAACUGGGAUUCUAUAAAGUCGGAAAUUGCCCGGAACUCAUCCAUAAUGAAUCCUUCCAUUCCUUGGAUUCGGUACAAUUUGGAACUCUUGUCAUUGGACAUAUUCAACAAGUCGAUACUGCAACAUUAUCUAGAACCGACCGCCGUGGAACAAAGUAUGCAGCGAACCAAUAUUGUCGAUCACUUCCAAUUGUUGGAGCUGUUCCAAACGCUUAGGCUGCUCUUUCCGGAAUACGAUGGACCACUACCGGACAAACGUUACACCGAAAAGGCUACUGUGCUGUUACUGCAGAACAACGAGCUACCGCUCCAAAAACCUUUGGAGAUGAUUUUCGGAGAGGAAGGCAGUGUUCUUUCCCAGGUCACUUCCGACUAUGGUCACGUGUUGGACCACGUAAUGGUGUUUGAUCGGGAUGGCCGCAUUGUGAAACAGCCGAUUCUGCAAGAUGACGAGCAACGUGCUGCCCGCAUAGAGGACCUCACCGGUAGAGGAAAUCAAGUAGCCGUCGUCCUGUGUUUACCGAAGAGUUACUACGCGAUGAAUAUUAACAGACUCCGAGGUAGGUUUGCAAUGCACAUCCGUACUGUCGAAGCGCUUGGUGUGUCUGUUGUGCCUAUUUCUUAUCACAUAUGGACUAACUUGCCAGAAGCGGAGAGAUUACCAUUCUUGGAAAGGGAAAUACGAACGAAGAUCAAUUCCGUGCAGUGAACUUUCGGAAAGAUAAAGAAUAAAUUAGAUACCAAAGUUCA